CUCUUCGCAUAGUGACCGAAGUCGCCGUUUCGGACACGGCCUAAACAGAGUUGUUACAUCUAACUCUUAAUUAUUGGCUUGGGAUAAGGAAUUUUGAUUGGAUUUUGUUACCAUGUCACAAGAAUCGAAAUCAAAAAGAGCCCGUUUGUCUGGGGACUCUCCCAAUGGAAGUGCUGCUGAAUUUUUCCCGGGGAUUGGGAAGAUAGAAUACAAACCUGGGGCUGGGCCGACUGAAGUGUUGUGCUUUAAACAUUACAAUGCAAAGGAGGUGAUUAAUGGUCAUUCAAUGGAGGCAUGGCUGCGUUUCUCAGCCUGCUACUGGCAUACUUUUAGAGGAGUUGGAUUGGAUCCCUUUGGAAUGCCAACCAUAAAGAGACCAUGGGAUGAUGGUACCGAGAGCAUGGACAAUGCAAAGAGACGUCUCCGAGUUGCCUUUGAAUUUUUCAGUAAACUUGGAGUCAAGUACUGGACCUUCCAUGACAGGGAUGUAGCUCCUGAAGGUGCAACACUGGAAGAGACUAACCGUAACCUUGACGAGAUAACAGACCUAGCUAAGGAACUGAUGGCAAAGACAGGUGUCAAACUUCUGUGGAAUACCUGCAAUCUCUUUGCCAAUCCAAGGUACAUGAAUGGUGCUGCCACGAACCCAGAUGCUCAUGUUGUUGCGUAUGCAGCUGCACAAGUCAAGAAGGGACUUGAAAUCGGCAAGAAACUGGAUGCUGAAAACUUUGUGUUUUGGGGCGGCCGUGAAGGAUACAACAGCCUUCUUAACACCGACGUUAUGGCUGAGCUCUCCCAUGCAGCAAACUUCUUCAAGAUGGCCGUUGAUUACAAGAAGCAGAUUGGGUUUGGAGGUCAGUUGUUGAUUGAGCCUAAACCUAAGGAGCCAACCAGACAUCAGUAUGAUUAUGAUGCAAUGACUGUGAUCGGGUUUCUCAAGCACUUUGGGUUGGCCGAUGAUUUCAAAAUCAACGUAGAACCUAACCACACAAUGCUAGCAGGACACUCCUAUGAGCAUGACAUCGUCAUGGCUUCCGGGUUCGGUAUGCUUGGGUCCAUUGACUCCAACACUGGGUCCCCUGAUCUAGGGUGGGAUACUGACCAGUUUCCAAUGGAUGUCAGGGAUACCACUCUGGUCAUGAAGGCUGUGAUUGAGCAGAAUGGCAUUGCUCCUGGCGGGUUGAACUUCGAUGCCAAGGUACGCCGAGAAUCAACCAACCUUAAAGACAUGUUUAUUUCCCAUGUUGGUGCUAUGGACUGUUUUGCAAGAGGUCUGCGCUGUGCUGCCAAGCUGGUUGCUGAAGGAGCUAUGGCCAAGAUGGUGCAGAAUCGUUACAGCAGCUUCAAUGAGGGUAUUGGUGCGAAGAUUGCCAAGGGAACAGCAACAAUGGAAGAAUGUGAGAACUAUGUGAAGAAAAUGGGAGAACCAAAACAGAUCUCUGGCGAGCAGGAGAAGUACGAGUGUGUGCUUAAUCACUAUGUGUGAGCCUCAAGGAUUCUUCCUACCUCCAUGGUUUGAGCUUCAGUGAGUUUCAGAAGUAUUCACCCAAAAUUAAAAGAUUUGACUGAGAACACAAAAGUUCAUCAGCCUGUGGUAAAAUCUUGCCAAUAAAAAUCAAAUAUAAACCACCUUCGAAAAGGCAUCUUGCUUAAAACUUGCUCAAUGUAAACUGAUUUCCUCUCAGAGGAUGAUCUUUUAACCAAAAAUAUAAUAGACCUUUCCUUAUAAUAUGUAAACUGAACGUUGCGCAUAAAAAUAGCACUACUGGUUGGCAAAAAUGGCGGUGUGACGCAUUCACAUAUUUGCAUCUGCCUUGUGCAUAACUCUGCAUUGUUUGCCAGUAUGUACACAUGCGUAAAUGUAAUUAGCAUAUUUCAUGGGGAAGGCUAAUUUUGUCUUAAACUUUUACUAGAACAACUCAUAAGAUCUAUAAAAUAGAAACCAAUAUUUUAAAGCCAUCUCUGACAAUGAACAAUUUUAAAUACUAUGCAAAGAGGUUCAGUUCGACUGGAUGGUCAGAGUCAUUUUAUAAAAAUUAUUUUCAUCCAGAGGUGAAGCAUGAUUCUGUCACCGAAUAAAUUAAGCCAUUAAUAUAUCUUUACUUUAGGUUUAGGUGUUACAUAGAG